AUGGAGGACAAGCAACUCAAAGGUGAAUUUGUGUCCAUUGAAGCCUUGGUAAAGGAACUGCAUUAUGUACAGAGCUGCCUGCUGCAGAAGGGACAGGAAAAGUUCAUCAAGAAAUCUAAAGAAAUCCUGUCCACAAUGAGCCUUAAGAUCAGUCUGUUAGUGAUAGCCUGCCUCAUUUACCCCAUCAUCCUGAUGUCCUUCAAGCAAAUGACAGAUUGGAUACAGAAUUAUGCCAGGAACCUCAAGGAAAAGACAGAGGACUUGAAAAGGGAGAGGCAGCUAGCUGAGGACCUCUUACACCAGAUGUUGCCAAAGUCUGUGGCCAAGCAGCUAAGGAAAUGCCAAAAAGUUGAGGCAGAAAACUAUGAUCAGGUGACUAUCUUUUUCUCGGAUAUCGUGGGGUUCACCAGCAUUGCUGCCUCCUGUACUCCCUUGCAAGUUGUUGAGAUGCUCAACAAUCUGUACGUCUGCUUUGACGGCAGGAUCGAGUCUUACGAUGUUUACAAGGUGGAAACCAUUGGUGAUGCCUACAUGGUAGUGAGUGGCCUGCCAGAAAGGAAUGGCACCAAACACGCUGACGAGAUUGCCAAAAUGUCUCUGGAUCUGGUGGCAGCAGUUCGUCAGGUUGUGAUCCCUCACAUGCCAAUGGGCAGAUUGCAGCUGCGGGCUGGGAUACACACAGGACCCUGUGUAGCUGGAGUUGUGGGGUACAAAAUGCCUCGGUACUGCCUUUUUGGGGACACUGUAAACACAGCCUCUCGCAUGGAAUCCACCAGCUUGCCACAGAAGAUCCACAUCAGUUCUGCUACGUAUGAUGCCCUUCUCACAGAUGAUGCAUAUGAAAUUGAGCUGAGAGGAGAAAUUGAAGUCAAGGGCAAAGGGAAAAUGAAAACCUACUGGCUUCUUGGUAACAAGAAUUACAGUGUCCAAAAUGACAGCCUGGUGUGUCACUGGAAUCCAGCAAUCUCUAAGAGAAAGAAGAUGGAAAGUAGCCAAGGAUCUGUCCAACAAAGAUACAAAUGA